UUCUCCUUUCCGCAUCCUAUACAAAUAUAUAUAAACACCCUCCUCCUCUUUUCAGUUCCAAUAAACCAUUGAUCUCUCAAAAUAGUCACAAACACAUAUGGAGACCCUUCCUCUUGCCAUCACUCUCGCAGCUGCUCUCUCUGCCUAUGUCCUCUGGUUCUACCUUGUGUUGGCUCGAAGCUUAACAGGUCCCAGCCUGGCCUUUGUGGGAAGCCUCCCUCUUCUUCUCAAGAACCGAAGCCGAGUCCACGACUGGAUCGCCGGUAACCUUCGAGCCACCGGAGGUUCUGCCACCUACCAGACUUGCAUUAUUCCUAUUCCUUUCUUGGCUCACAGACAAGGGUUCUAUACAGUAACUUGUCAUCCCAAGAACAUCGAGCAUAUCCUCAAAACCCGAUUCAGUAACUAUCCCAAAGGACCCAAAUGGCAAACCGCUUUCCAUGAUCUUCUGGGCCAAGGUAUAUUCAAUAGUGACGGAGAGACAUGGCUCAUGCAACGUAAAACGGCAGCUCUAGAGUUCACGACCCGAACCCUAAGGCAAGCCAUGGCUCGCUGGGUGAACCGGACCAUCAAGAACAGGCUAUGGUGUAUUCUAGACAAGGCAACGAAGGAGAAGAUAUCAGUGGACUUACAAGACCUUCUGCUUCGCUUGACCUUCGAUAACAUUUGUGGAUUAACCUUUGGCAAAGAUCCUGAAACUCUCUCUCCAGAAUUACCGGAAAACCCGUUUGCCGUGGCUUUUGAUACUGCCACGGAGGCAACCAUGCGCAGAAUCCUAUACCCGGCUCUCCGAUGGAGGAUACAGAAACUUCUAGAUAUCGGAGAUGAGAGGAGACUGAAAGAGAGCUUACAAAUCGUGGAAAGUUACAUGAACGACGCCGUCUUGGCUCGCAAGGAAGCUCCAUCCGAUGAUCUGCUCUCGAGGUUCAUGAAGAAGCUCGACGCCAAUGGAAACCCCAUUCCGACUCCAGUACUCCAGCGAAUUGCUCUGAAUUUCGUACUCGCCGGAAGGGACACGUCCUCAGUGGCUCUCAGCUGGUUCUUCUGGCUCAUCAUGAACCAUCCUCGCGUAGAAGACAAGAUCAUUGACGAGAUCUCCAAGGUGCUACGGGAGACUCGCGGGGUAGAUCAUCGGAAAUGGACCGAGGAGGCCCUGGACUUCGACGAAGCGGACCGGUUGGUUUAUCUGAAGGCUGCACUGGCUGAGACGCUCCGUCUGUACCCGUCAGUGCCGCAGGACCUAAAGUACGCCAUCGCCGACGACGUGCUGCCUGACGGAACGUUCGUGCCAGCAGGAUCGACGGUGACGUAUUCAAUAUACUCGGUGGGGAGGAUGAAGGAGAUUUGGGGGGACGAUUGCAUGGAGUUCAAACCAGAGAGGUGGCUGUCAGUUGAGGGAGACCGGUUCGAACAGCCCAAGGAUGGGUUUAAGUUCGUUGCCUUUAACGCCGGACCGAGAACCUGCUUAGGAAAAGAUCUGGCUUACCUGCAAAUGAAGUCAGUGGCGGCGGCGGUACUGUUGCGUUACCGGCUAGCUCCAGUUCCCGAUCACCGAGUGGAGCAGAAGAUAUCACUCACUCUGUUCAUGAAGAAUGGGCUCCAUGUGUUCUUGCAUCCACGUAAGCUCCAAGGAGCAGCCUAGGCGCGGGGUAUUUCUCGUUAUUGCCAAGAACGACAUGGAAACAGAAUACAGGGGUAAUAUUGUCAUUUAGUAAUAUACAUUAAUACAUAUGAGGGUGUAUAUGUGAAUUACUGUUCCUAAUUAUUGUUUUUUCAUAAAUUUAUUAAAUUAGUAACGAGUCUGUCGGGACGGGGUGGG